AUGAGUUCAUCCGCCCCUGCUCCAACACCGGAGAUCGAACCCCGCUUCACCCAGUUAUUCACAGAGCUUGAAUCCCGCUUCAAAGCUACCAGCCUUGGCAGUGAUAAGUGGUAUAUCCUCGCCACCUCUACAUUAGCAGCGAGUCCAGAUCCCGAGCGCGCCGACCAGCUCUAUCUGCAUCUCAUCUCGCAACCGGAGUACUCAACCUCACCAUCCCGACAAGCAUUAGUGCGACGUCUCCGCGAGGCUCUUAUCAAAUCAGUCCCCAUUGUUGGGGUAUGUAAGCCCAUUGAGGCCAUUCUUUCCAUUGGCAAAAUUGAACGCGACGAGGACAAGGAUUACACCUUUACGCGUGAGAACUGGCAAUGUGACCAGGCAAACCAUGACCGUGGCUCGGAAUGGAUGCAGAAGCUGUAUUCUCGCAAUACCGGUGGUACUUUGAACCUGUUUGCUGCGCAUCAGGACUUUAGGUGGUUAUCCGAGGAAAUUACAUAUGGGCUGUACCUGUCGGAUCGUCAGAUCUUGGAUGAUGUGGACACACAGCUUGUUGUUUUGCCUGGGAUUAUGAGUCAAAACUUGCCCAAUGAGACUCAUUGGCAUAUCCGGGGGACGAGACGAUUGGGUCUGCCCAAGGAGGAAGUUCAGAUCAUCUGGGACUGUGUGCAGCUUGUGGCGCAGUUCUUUGAUGUAAAGCUGAACAAGGUGCCUACCGUUGAGGCUGUGGAAUAUGACGUUUGA